UGUAACGGGCGUAGCUGGAUGCUGGAUCAUUCGUCAGGGUGGCUGCCACCUCGUUGCUCGUACGUAGUAAUAAGCAGCAACGAAAGCGCCCGAGAAGGAUUUCGCGGCGGGCUGGACCUAGAAGUAGAAGUAGGUGUAGGUGUAGGUGGAAAGCCUGAUGAUGAGUUUUAAUAGUUUUAAUAAUACUAAUUAUUAUUACAACUAUUAUUAUUGCUGUAGUAAUAAUAAUAUUAAUAAUAAUUAUUGUUGUUGUUGUUGUUAUUGUUGGGUUGACACAGACAGACAUAGACUACUUGUUUCUGGCCGGUGUUGAUGCUGCAAGUUAUUGAGCUCAGAGUGUAAUUUGCCCGCUGUAAUUUGCUGAUAAUCGAUUAUUGAUAGCAGGAUCUUGUGCCAAGUGUACUGUGAUUAUUUAUUUAUAUAUUUAUUUUUAAUUAUUUUUAUUUUAAUAAUGGGUAAUUAUGGUAUCAGUGGUAUUUGAGGUGAGUGAGAGUGAUUAAUUGAGAUGCAGUCGUGCCGAAGAGGAAUGGAGCUUACGAAGUGUCGGCGGCGGGAAUAAAGGCCGUGGCACACUAGUUUGAGGAAUGGCGUCGACGUGGCGUUGGAAAGAGCGGAAGCACUGCCAUAUCAUUUCGCUCGAGCCUUUGUUCUUUACAAAGGAAACCACAAAAAGGACUGCAGAGAAACGAAAGGAAAUUGUCGUCAGAGGUGCACGAAACCCAAGUCUGAGGAAGCGGCCAAGCGAAACGGCCCUGUAGCGACUACGGUUUUCGAAACUAAGAUUCUGGACCAGUGAGAAAGGACACUGAUAAAAGAUAAACAAAAGCUCAAAUUAAAGGUGAUUUAAGUUGUCUUGUAAAAAAAUAAAAAGAAAAAGAUUGACUGGCAAAGACGAAAGGGCUCACAAUGGGCCCGGUACUUCACGGUGUAUUCCACUGAGCGAUGCAAGUAGUUAGGGCCGAGGCCCUGCUAGUGAGCAUGUGGCUCACUAGAGAAUGAAGAAGCAAAACGUCCGGACCCUAUCGUUGAUCGUCUGCACGUUAACCUAUCUCCUUAUCGGCGCUGCGGUAUUUGACGUCCUCGAGUCCAAGACGGAAAACCGGCGCAAAGAAGCGUUAGACGCCAUCGAGAGAAUGGUCAAACGCAAGUAUAACAUAAGCGAAGACGACUUCAAAAUAAUGGAAACUGUCGUGCUGAAGACGGAACCACACAAGGCUGGCCAGCAGUGGAAAUUCGCCGGGGCAUUCUAUUAUGCCAUCACGGUCCUCACUACUAUCGGUUACGGGCACUCGACUCCAAAUACGAUAGGCGGUAAGCUGUUCACGAUGUGCUACGCGAUAAUCGGCAUCCCCUUGGGCCUCGUCAUGUUUCAAAGCAUCGGAGAGCGUGUAAAUAAAUUUUCAUCCCUCUUCAUACGCUACGUCAAACAAAAACUCGGCUGCGAGGACGUUCAGGCAUCGGAACUAAACCUGAUUUGUAUGGUGACAUUUUUCUCAAGUCUGACGGUAACGGGUGGCGCAGCUGCAUUCUCACAAUACGAGGGCUGGUCUUAUUUUGAUUCUGUGUAUUACUGCUUCAUAACACUGACAACGAUCGGCUUUGGCGACAUGGUCGCGCUACAAAAAGAUAACGCCCUCGACAAUAAACCCGAGUACGUUAUAUUCGCACUUGUAUUUAUUCUAUUUGGACUGGCGAUAGUUGCCGCCUCUCUCAACUUGCUCGUGUUGAGAUUUGUUACGAUGAACACUGAAGACGAGAGGCGAGACGAGGCCGAAGCGCUCCAGGCUGCGCAAGGAGCAGUCAGACUGGAGGGCGAUGUGAUAACCGCCAACGGCUCGAUACUCUCGGGGCAAAUAGGAAAUCAGGGAGACACGAUAUCGCUGGUAGACGAUGCGUCUGUAUGCAGUUGCAGGUGUACUGGUUUUUACAGGAAGCAACGGCGACCGCGGUUCACAGUACGGCGUUCGCCCGGCAAGAUCUCACAUCUGCUGCCUAUGCAGCAGUUUCCGGCCUCGAGUUUUAGGGAUGACAUUCGUCCGCCGCCUCUCACGCCGCUGCUCCAACUACCGCCAAUUUACCCGCACAGAGCCAGCAUCUGACGACCCCCAUCGGUUGAAACUAUGCCCACACCCGCUCACGUAAUACUGCAGUACCAAAUGACGCGACGAGCGUCUUUUUGAACACACACUUUAUCCAUUCCCUCUGCUCCCCUUACUACUCUACUCAUAUAUAUUUAAUAUAACUACAUCUACAUCUAUUAUAACACUACUAAUAUUAAUAAUAAUAAUAAUAAUAAUAAUAAUAAUAAUAAUAAAAUAACUAGUGCGAGAAUUAUAUUAAAUAUUAACGAACAAUUAUAAAUAUAUAUAAAUAUAUAAUUCAAAUGUGAUACGAAAAUAAAGUAUUGUUGGGAGAAUGGGACGUGUGUCGUUCCAGAUAAAUAUUUCUCAAUCGCGUGCCAUAAACUCUAGCCAAAUUCCAAAGUCUCGAUGAUGAUGAUGAUGAUGAUGAUCAUCAUCAAGGGAACUAACUUGUAGUACCAAUCGAACUAGUUUUGUCGAAACUAAUAAUCAUCUAUUACUAUUAUUAUAAACUUAUUGCCACAAAGAAAGAGAGUAAAUCUUGUUUAAUCUUACGACUAUUUCCUCGCUCAAAAUAUCGACUAGACACAAACGUUAAUGCGUUAAUCCGAUCCAUGUACUUCCUGUUAGACUCAGACCGAUGCGACUCCUCUCCUCAGUAGCCCCGUCUGUCCUAAAUCACGACAGAUUCCCGAGCCGGUGAUUCGGAGUGUCAUUCUCUAUUAAAUAUGUACAUCAGACUCCUGUUUAAUCAGUCGCGGACACCGAAGCUCGGAAUCUUGGUAAUCUUGUACAAAGAAAAACGAAAUAAAUUUAUUAUUGUUUUAUUAAUUAUUUAUUAUUAUUAUUUUAUUAUCGCAAGCAAGUGACCAUGUGUUCCGUAGUGCGAGAAAUAACAAAUGCAUAACAUAAUAUAUAUAUAAAUAUAUAUAAAUAAAUAUGAUAUUUAUAUAUUUACGUUCAAACUUUAAAGAGAAGUAAAAUUUUUCAUUAACAAUUUUGCAAUUUAUAUGUAUAUAUAAAUAUAAAUAAUAAAUACAAAAUAGUUUUAGGUGCUACGAGUUGAGGCGACUUUGUGCCUCGAUGUAAAUAUAAAUAAUAAUAAUAAGGGAUGAAAAUACAAUACAAUAAAAAAAAUAAUAAAAAGACACAACGCAGAUGCGGUGACGAAUAAAUUCCGAAUUUUACACUUCUUUAGUUUUAAGGGGUAAAUCAAUAGACUUUGUUGGUAAUAUGUCUCGUUGGCAAAAGUGUAUCUAAUUUAAUCAGAUGAUUUAAAUGUCGAUUUAAAUCACGCGACAAUGAUCCUUUGCGGCAAGACGUUGUAACAAAUAAAAUUUUGAAACGGGUCAAUCAAGUAUUUGAAAUAUUCCAAGAUCUACAUGUACAAAUAUAUAAAUAAUUAAAUUAAUAAUAAUCAUAAUUAUAUUAUUGAUAAUAUAUAUAUAUAUUUAAUCCUUGAUAUUAUUUUCUAAGCCUUGUAAAAAUCCAUAAAAUUAGCAGCUUAUUUUAAAUCUUUAUCUCUUACAUUUAAAUCGAUUUGAAUUUUAAAAGACAUUUGAUUAUUUAAUUAACGCUUGUAACUCUUAUCUAUCAUAAAAAAAAAUAAUUAUCAAUAAAUUUUAUCAAUGAGACAAAAGACAUUUCUAGAUGUUGAAACUAGGGUUGUACUGAUAGUGGAGUAAAGUGAUUAUACAUUUGCAAUUAAUUAAUUCGUAAUUAAUGUACCUCCUACACUUACAUAUAUUUUGACAUAGAUGUAUUAUGUUUAUCAUUGUGAUUAUAUAUUAUUGUACGCCAUUACAUUAUACUAUUUUAAGAAUAAUAAUAAUAAUAAUAAUUAUCAUUGGAACACUAGAUGUAAAACCGUCAACUUAAGACGACGGAGCUUAGUUAGAAAUGGGACACAAUUAGUGAUAUGAAGAUAAUGUGCUUUGCUGGUUACACGAGUACAAAUGGCUAUAAUAAUGAAUGAGAGUGAAGGGAUACGUAAGCGGAUUAUUAAUCUACUAUAGGAAUAUGUGAGCGACAUGUGAGCGAAUAUUUCUUAUAACGCGAGUUCGAAGCUCGUGCUCACAUUACGUAGAGUGUGAUUGUUAAUAAAAUUGUAAAUUUAAACAAAAAAAAUUGUAAUAUAAUUAUAAUAAUUAAUUUAUUAAUUAAUAAUAGUAAUAAUAAUAAUAAUAAUAAUAAUAAUAAUAAUAAAGCAAGAGAUGAAUCUUUUGCACCUUACGAAUUAACAGAUAUGGCCUUCGUAAAAUGUCAUGUCGCUGAUGAUCAGCUGAAUAAAUCUAUAAAAAUAAUUAUAGUAUUUAAUAAUUAAUUAAAUUAUUGAUAAUUGAUAAUAUAUAUCAUGCAUGAUAUAUACGCAUAUUUUACCUCUUAUUCUUCUUCUUCUUAAACUUAAAGUUAUUAAAAUAAUUCGAUUAUUCUUAUAUUAUUAUCCGGCUCUAUCUCGUUAACGAUUUUUCCAUAUUUAAAAUUCUAUAAUUAAAUAUUUCGCUUUGUUCUCCUCGCGAUUUUAUUAUAUCGCCGAUUAAUGUUUUAUAAUUUUAGCUGAACCAAUAAAUUUAUAUAUAAUUAUUAAAAAUUAAAUUAUAUAUGUAUAUAUAUAAAUCACGUAUCGAAGAAGAGUAAAUAAAUAUUAAAUAAAAAAAAAUGUCUGCGUUGCCAACGAAUUUUAGACCAAAUUUUCCAGCGUCGACUAGUGAGUUUAAGAUGUUAAGUGUAAAAAAUUUAAUAAAUUGGUUUACUAUAUUAUUAUUAUUAUUAUUAUUAUUAUUAUUAUUAUUAUUAUUAUUAUUAUUAUUAUUAUUAUUAUUAUUAUUAAUAAAUUAAAUUCGAUUUAUAAA